GGUCUCGUAGCAUCAUCGCUCUCGAUUCAUUGUAAGGCUGCUGAUGCUGAUCAGCAGCAGAGGAAAAACCAAGGGCCAUGGAGACGGGUAUAAAAACCUUAGGCCUUAAUACAUUGUGGAGAUUAAUUACACGCUCUUCUGUCUACUAAGAUCAUGAGGAAGAGGAAGAACUGGAAACAACAGGAGGGCCUCUGUUCGUUUCUAUGAAGUCUCAAUGAAAGCAUUGGAGCAGCUGUAAUAUUUGACUCAAUGGCAAAGAAGGGACGCACCAAGGGCGAGAAGCCCGAAGCGCUCAUCUCUGCUUUACAGGCAGCUAACGAAGAUCUCAGGUCCAAACUGACUGACAUUCAAAUAGAACUUCAUCAAGAGAAAUGCAAGGUGAGUAAAUUGGAGCGUGAGAAGGUGCAGGAGUGCAAGCGUACCCGGGAGCAGGAGCAGCAUCGGCACACGGCCACGCUGACAGAGCAGCGAGCCAAAUGGCACGAGGAGAAGCAGAAGGAGCUCCAGGCGCUCAGAGAGAACCUGGUCCGCCAGCACGAGCAGGAGCAGGCCCGCACCGCCAAGAUCAAGGACCAGGAGAACCAGCGGCUCAAGGCGGCGCUGAGCGCCAUGCGGGACGGCAGCGGAGAGAAGGUGCGCACAGCAUUGACCCUGGAGGCCAAAGAAGAGGCGCGGCGCUUCUUCGACGUGGAGCGGGUCAAGCUGCUGCAGGAGAUCUCCGAGCUCAAGCAGACCAAGAAGCAGACAGACGAGGCGCUCAGCACCAUGAUCCAAGCAGAUAAGAUGAAGGCUGGGGACCUGCGCUCCGAGCACCAGAUUCACCAAGAGCAGAUUUCCAAGAUCAAGUGGGACAGCGAGAGGGACAUCCGCAGACUGGUGGAUGAGAUCAAGUCUAAAGAGCGCACCAUCUUCUCACUGGAGAAGGAGUUGGAGAAUGCCAUUGGCUUGCUGCAGAAGCUGCAGAUGCAGAAGGAUGCCCUGGACGACCAGCUGUUCCUGGUCAAGGAGGCAGAGUGUAACCUGGGCAGCCCCAAGAGAGAGAUCCCUGGACGGGCUGGGGACGGGGCAGAACACUGUGGCAGCCCGGUACGACAUAGAAAGUCAGAGGGGAACUUGGAAAUGGACAUGCGCAGGAACCAGAGGCGCAUGGCUGACCUCAACUCCACGAUCCGCAAGCUGGAGGACCGCAACUCACUGCUGGUGGAUGAGAGGAAUGAACUGCUGAAGCGUGUGCGGGAGUCUGAGAAGCAGUGUAAGCCCAUGCUGGAAAAGAACAAGGUGCUGAAUAAGAGGAAUGAUGACCUCAGCCAGACCCUGCAGCGCAUGGAAGAGAAACUCAAAGGCCUGGCCAAGGAGAACCUGGAGAUGAAUGAGAAGAUCAGCUCCCACCUGCCACUGAAGAAAGCCAACUGUAAGUCUCUGAAUGAUCUGGACCAGGCGCAUGAUGACCAGGAGAUUGAGUUCCUCAAGCUGCAGGUGCUGGAGCAACAAAGCAUGAUCGACGAGCUGACAAGAGAUAGGGAAAAACUAUUGCGGAAGAAGAGGCAUAAACGAAACAACAGACCAAUAAAGAGACACAUUGUAGUGGACACCUUCUUUGGAUACGAUGAGGAAUCCAUGGACUCAGAGACGUCCUCCGUGGCUUCGUUUCGCAUGGACCGCACUCCAGCCACUCCUGAUGAAGACCUGGAUGAGGGACUGGUCAAUGAGGAGUCGGAGCUGCGCUUCAGGCAGCUGACCAGAGAGUACCAGGCCUUACAGAGGGCAUACGCCCUGCUGCAGGAACAUCAAGGGGGCCUUCUGGACGCUGAGAUAGAAGCUAAGGCUCAGGAGCAGCUACAUGCAGACAUUCUCAGGUACAAGGCCAAGAUAGAAGACCUGGAGAAGGAGCUCGCCCACAAAGGACAGGACUCCAAGUGGGUAGAGGAGAAACAGCUGUUCUUCAGGAGGAAUCAGGAGCUGCUGGAAAAGGUGGAGAAGUUAGAUGCAAAAUGUGGUCGACAGCAACAGGAGCUGCAAGACUCCAAGGACCAGAAUGAGCUCUUGGAAUUCAGAAUACUGGAACUAGAGGAGCGUGAGCGAAAGUCCCCUCCGUUUAAUCAUCUCCGCAUGCAUCCGUUCUCCGAGGGUGUCAGCGCCCUACAGAUCUACUGUAUGAAGGAAGGAGUGAAGGAUGUCUGUGUACCUGACCUGAUCAAGCUCCUAGACAUUCUGGGUGAUAAUGGGAACUUGCGAAAUGAGGAGCAAGUGGCCAUUAUUCAAGCUAGCACUGUCCUCUCUCUUGCUGAAAAGUGGAUACAACAGAUUGAGGGAACAGAGGCAGCGCUGCACCAGAAGAUGAUUGACCUGGAGCUCGAGAUGGAGAUGUUCUGUAAGCAGAAAGGCUAUCUGGAGGAGGAGCUGGACUACAGGAAGUCAGCCCUGGAUCAGGCCUACACGCAAAUCCAGGAGCUGGAGGCUACUCUCUACAACGCGCUGCAGCAGGACAAGGUGAUCGGGUACGGCGAGCCUCUGAGUGACAUGCAGAAGGACGAGCUACGUACGUCUGUGGAGAAGCUACGCAGACAGAUGCUGAGGAAGAGCAGAGAGUUCGACUGUCAGGUUCUGGCUGAGAGGAUGGAGCUGCUCCACCAGGCCCAUCAGAGAAUCCGAGACCUGGAGGAUAAGACAGACAUUCAGAGGAGACAAAUUAAGGAUCUGGAGGAGAAGACAGCGUGGAAACCUGGAGAUUGUGUUUGUGACUGCAGUGGCUUUUAUUUUGGGGAGAAGAGAGUCGACUUUGUGACUCAUAUUGUAACAGUGAGUGGAUAUGGAACUGUUGUGUGUUGGACAUGGCUGGGAAUUCACACCUGUUUGAUUUGGGACCUCACUCUGGGGAUAUACAUAAUGCUGCACUGCACUGGACUGAUCCUUGGACCAUGGAACUUCAACUCAGUGGGAUAACUGGAACAGAACCCUCAGUCGGAAAACACACACACUCACACACACGUGUAAACAGUCAUAUACACUGUACACGAACAUACUGGAAACACACACACACACACGCAUGCACACACACACAUCAACCCACUUUUAAAGACAAAGGAAACCAAAGUCUAGGAGAUCUUAUCUCUGCCAUGCAGGGGAACGCUACACCAUCCAUCUACUCCAAGACUACACCCUGGCUACAUACCGGCUACCCCCAGAGUACCCCCCGACUACCCCCAGAGUACCCCCCAGACUAACCCCAGACUACCCCCCAGAGUACCCCCCGACUACCCUAGCCUACCUCCAGAGUACCCUUGACUACCCCAGCCUACCCCCAGACUACCCCCCUUGACUACCCCCAGAGUACCCCCCGACUACACACAGAAGAGGACAGGAAUGACUGCUGUAGGCUACAUCAACAGGCCUCACCAGACCACAGUCCUUCCAACUCUCUCCCUCUCCUCUCUCUCUUAUAAACCUGAUCGGACGCUCUUAUGUGUGAAUGCACCCCUUCACAGGAGUGACGAGACAUGAUCAGGGCCUGUGAGUGUGGUGACUGACUGAUCUGAUGGUGACUGAAUGACUGAUCUGAUGGUGACUGACUGACUGUUCUGAUGGUGACAGACUGACUGUUCUGAUGGUGACUGUUCUGAUUGGGACUGACUGACUGUUCUGAUGGUGACUGACUGACUGUUCUGAUGGUGACUGUCUGAUCUGAUGGUGACUGACUGACUGUUCUGAUUGGGAUGGACUGUUCUACUUGUGACUGAAUGUUCAAAUUGUGACUGACUGUUCUGAUUGUGACUGACUGAUCUGAUGGUUACUGACUGCCUGUUCUGUGACCAGGAGACACAGGACAUGGGACACCCAGCUCAGGUGAUGGCAGAGAUAGAGAAGUACGGGAGAGAGGAUCCACUAUGUGCUCACACACUGACCCACCAGAUAUCCUUUUCAACAGAAGACCAAGGUUUCUGUUUGUAGACUUUAACUGUCAUUUUUUAAACCAGCAGACAGAAUGGAAUUAGGUCUCUGGUUCUACUUCCUUUCCUUUUUUAAUAAACCAAAAGUCCCAGUCGAUCCCCAUGUACCAAGAUUUCCACAGAGAAAAAAGAAGACCCUCUAUAUGGCUGUGUAAUAUAUAGAUUUGUUGAUAUGUACAUGUGUCUUGAUGAUUUCUGUAGUCUCUUUUCUUCUUUCUGUGAAUAUGACCUCUUUCUCCUCUGCAGCUUGAACAGUAGAACUACUCAGCCGUUUCUAAAUACUCCAACGUAUGAAACACUGUUUAUUGUGGUGACAGCUGCAAAUGAACUUUACUUCCUCAAUUGUACUGAACUUAAAAUAAUUGGAAUAUCGAUAUUCUCCUCCACUCUUUUUCCUUUCACAUUCCCUCUCUUUUGUACUCUUUCAAGAUGGUCAAUUGUAGCCUACCAGCAGGAGUUUCAUGGUUUAUACUGAAUGACGAUUACCACUCCCUUUAAAUGAACAGUAAACACUACGUCCCAGCUACCUACCUGCAUCCUUAACAGCUUUGGCUGAUUCUGGUCAUUGUCUUCUCAGCAAAUCGAUCAGGAAUACUGUAAAACGAAAAGGAAUACUGUACCUCUUUCAGCAAUGACAUGCCUUUUUGCUCUACUGUAUUUGACUAACACCUCUUUCAGCACCAUGGACACCACAGGGGUUGGUUCUAACCUUCCUAACCCACCAUCCCCAUCUCCCAACUGAAAUAGGAGAAAGUUGACGAAAUGUCUACCUGCUGGUUCUGCUUCUCUCCUUUCACCCUGACUAUGUCCUGGUCUUGCAAUAUUAACUACAUGUCCCUGUCCAAACCCUCACCCACCCACGCUAGCUCCCCCACCCGGCCCUAUUUAGCGGCCUAGGAACCCAAAGCAUCCCAUUACAUACCUGUACAUGUCCCACUUCUCUUACAUUACACUGUAGGAGAAUGAUUGACACUAUUUUGGAACAAACUCAGCCAACUAGCGAUUGCCUUAAAUGCGCUUUCCCCAUCAAUUUGUAAGUUAUUUUUAAUGAUUAUGUUUUUGAUCAGUUAGUAUGAUUAUGUAAAGUUGUACAUUUCUUUUCACCGAGGACAUUGAUUUGUAUAUCUUUACCCUCCUGUCUUCCAACGAGAAUUUAACCCCCUCCUCUUCUUUCAAGUAUAUUAAACAAAACAAAAAGGGAUAAUGAUGAAAAUAAAAGUUCAUGGCUUGCA